AUGGCCAUCGAGGCGGACGCGGCGGCGGCGACAGCGGCGGGCUCGGUUUCUGAGGCGGCGCCCAUGUCCCCGGCCGCUGAGGCGGCGGCGGGCCCGGCGCGCCCGCGCGGGUGGCUGAGGAAGCUCAUCCCGAGAGACUACCACCUGCCCCGGAGCAGCCGGCGCUGGAGGCUGGCCGCCCCGUCCGCCGCCGGCGCGUCCAGGCUCGCCUCGUCCCUGUCUCGCUCCCUCAGGUGGAAGCGCCUCCCGGGGCUCUCCUCCCUCACCCUGCGCAGCGGCUCCGCGGCGGCCGUCGUCGACGCCGUCGCGUUCCGCGUCAUGUACGUCGUCGAGGCCGUCGUGCUGGGCCUCGCGCUCUCCUGCUUCUUCCUCUGCUGCGGCUGCCACCUCUGA